UGUUGCCUUGGUGCCAAUCCUAACAGUGUCAAUCCCAGUAAUCGAUGGACACCAUUACACUAUGCUGCCAGAAAUAACAAGUUAGAUGUUGUCAAUGUUUUAAUCAAGAGGGGUGCUGAUGUGAAUCUAGAAAGCAUUGAUCUUAUCAGAGCAGAUGAUUAUGCAAAAAAUAUGGACAUGAAGAUUGUGUUGAUGCCAUAGUAACUAAACGAAUACAGAGAUGUGAACUCCUUAGCAACAGGGCUGAAAAUGAAUCACACUCCUCCUCUCUGUUUCAAGUAGAAGACGAUGAAGGACUUGACCAUUUGGCACAGUUAAAGGAGCAUGAUCUGAGGGAAUCUGAUUUAUUUCUUGUUGACAACAAAGGAAGAACUUUAUUAAUGGUGGCUGCAGAGUAUAACAGGGUAGAUAAUCUUCGGUUACUACAACAAUUUGAAGGAUGUCCUAUCAACGCACAACAUCCAUGGACUGGUAGAACAUCACUAUCUAUUGCAGCCAGGAAUGGUAAUGUUAGAUCAGUACAGGUAUUAUUACAGAGUUCAGCAGAUCCAUCAAUCAAAGACAUUGAUGGAUAUCUACCAUUGCAUUAUGCAUGUAAAUAUAAUUAUCAUAAUGUUGCACAGACAAUUCUACUCUAUGAUACAGGACUCACUGGUUUGGAAGCUGCAUUGAAGUAUUGCAACGACCCUGAUAUGCGUGAAUUCAUCAAAAAAUCUAUGCAUAAAAGACAAAAACAGAUUGUCAAUCCAGCAUUAUUUGAGUGUGCUGCUAAUGGUAAUGCUAAUCGUUUAUAUUGUACGUUGGAAGACGGUGACGAUGUCAAUCCAAUUACAGGGGCUGGUGAUUGGCCGCUUAUGGUGGCUGCUGAAAAUGGACAUCUUGAGGUUAUUAAAAUGCUCUAUGAGAGGGGCGGUGAUGUAAGUCGUCGUCAUCCUGCCACGAAUGCUACAGUAUUACAUGCAGCAUGUGCUAGAGGACACCUGGCAGUCGUCAAUUGUUUACUAUAUUUCUGUAAACGAGAUGGAUUACUAGGUCCAGGAAAAUCUGAUAUUUCAUUCUACCAGGAGUUGGACAUCAAUGCUAUGAACAAUUCAGGACUGACUGCUUUACAAAUGGCUGCAGCUAAAGGUUUCAGUAAAGUGGUGAAGUCUCUUUUGAUGAAAGGUGCUAGUUCAUCUGUUCUGGAUGCAAAUGGACUUUUAUAUAAAUGCAGUGAAUUUGAAGGUGUUCAAGUUUUGAUUGAAACACAUCGAAAAGAAAGAGCCAUGAAAAUAAUGUCAUUGAUCAGAGAUAGGAAGGGUUUAUUUAAACUCAUGAAAGUCUGGAAGCCUCGAUUUGAUCACAAUUUACGUGAUUUAAAAGAUGAUUCACCAUUGAUGGCUGCUUGUUACUAUGGAAGGGUUGAUGUUGUCAGGUUUUUAGUGCAAUCUGCAAUUCACCGACAAGUGGAAGAUGGUAACAUGGACAGUAAUUGGAUUCCUGAAAACUCUGAUGAUUCCGGUGCGUAUGUAGAUAAUAACUCCUCAACUAUGGUUAUAUCGAGAUAUCUAGGUACACGUACUGAUGUGAGCUCAGCAUCUGAACACAGUGACACAGAGAGUACAUUUAUGUAUAAUAAUCCAAGACGUUGUAAGACACCAUCUGGUUUACUACAGUCUGGUGAAUUCAAUGCAUCUGGUAACUUUUCAAUGAGAAACUGGUUCUAUAGAGUGAGUCCUAUGUUGAAACUACCCUACAGCCCUGGUAACUCAGACACAGAUGAAAUGGCUGCUGUAGCCGCCGCUGCCAGGCAUCAAAGAGCCAUUGAUCCCAAAAGAGAGUUUAACAGACGUGAACAGGCAUUUCAAGAAGCUGUUGGUCCUGACUCAGAUCUUAGGAAAGAUGAAAUAUAUCUAACAAGUUUUAGUGAGCAUAAUAAUCCACCGUACAAUCUAUCAGCUGUAUUAAAGAGGAUUUUAAAUCACAUAUGUGACUACAACAGCAGAGAUGGUUGUACAGCAUUACAUCGUGCAGUGGAUUGUAACAAUGAAAAUAAGUCUUUGGAAAUAAUAUCGUUAUUACUAGAUAAAGAUAGAUCAUGCAUUAAUAUUCAGGAUUUCAGUGGGAUGACUCCUCUACAUCUUGCGUGUCUACAACAAAAGAAACAAAUUGUUAAAUUUAUUACUGAUUUAGAGUAUGUUGAUAUAAAUAUGAGGACAUUGGAAGGUAAACUGCCAGAAGAAAUGACGACGAACAAAACAAUACAAAAAAUGGUUUUACAUGCGAGGGAAUUACAGCCAUACAAGCCAUUAAGUCUUCCAACACCCCCUGGUAGUAGUGUUGGUGGAGCCAGUAUUGAUUUUGACAGACUGACUGAUAGAUUCAAUGAAUUAUUAAGAACUACAUCACAAGUAUUGCAUCAUAAUGCAUCAUAUGUCAGUGAAGCUACAUCACAGGUAUUGCAUCAUACUGCACCAUAUGUCAAUGAAGCUACAUCAGAGGUAUUGCAUCAUAAUGCAUCAUAUGUCAGUGAAGCUACACCACAAGUAUUGCAUCAUAAUGCAUCAUAUGUCAGUGAAGCUACAUCAAAGGUAUUGCAUCAUAGUGAACCAUAUGUCAAUGAAGCUACAUCAAAGGUAUUGCAUCAUAAUGCAUCAUAUGUCAGUGAAGCUACACCACAAGUAUUGCAUCAUAAUGCAUCAUAUGUCAUUGAAGCUACAUCACAAGUAGUGCAUCAUAAUGCAUCAUAUGUCAGUGAAGCUACAUUACAAGUAUUGCAUCAUAAUGCAUCAUAUGUCAGUGAAGCUACACCAUAA